AUGACAGUGUAAUUUCCCUCCAUCCUUUUUCACAGAUGAGAAGUGAGAAAACUGGAUCCAGAUCCAGCAGUUUACUUUGACAGUCCCUGACAGGAAGCAGUAUUUAAUGUCUCCGUCAACUUGCCGUGUUUCCAGGAGUCUAGAGUCCGGACUCCGCUGCUGGACGUGUUUGACCUGGAUCAUGGAACUGGUCUUUCAGUCAGUCCGUCACUGUCUUCCUCUCUAACCCUCCAGCGCCCGGAGCUCCAACAUGCUGCAGCCGGGAAACAGCUCCUCCGGCUGGGCUGAACACCUAGAGUCCAACCGGUCCGAGGCGGCGCGCAGCGGCGGUGCGGCGGAGGACGGCGGGUCCGGGCCGGAGGCGGUGAUCGUGCCGGUGGUGUUCGGGCUGAUCUUCGUGGUGGGGGUGGUGGGGAACUCUUUGGUGAUGGUGGUGAUCGGGAAGGUGAGGUACAGCAGCGGAGGGGGCGGCGGUGCGGGAGGAGGGGGGAGGCGCUCAGGCAGCCCGACCAACAUCUUCAUCCUGAACCUGAGCGUGGCGGACCUGAGCUUCCUCCUGUUCUGCGUCCCCUUCCAGGCCACCAUCUACUCCCUGCCGGAGUGGGUGUUCGGAGGCUUUGUCUGUAAGUUCGGACACUACUUCUCCACCGUCAGCAUGCUGGUCAGCAUCUUCACGCUGGUCGCGAUGUCCGUGGACCGCUACAUCGCCGUGGUGCACUCCAAGAAGUCUCCGUGCGUCCGGAGCCGCAGGAACGCGCUGGUCGGGGUGUGCGUUAUCUGGACGCUGUCACUGGUGUGCUCGGUGCCGGUGGCCCAGCACCAGGUCCUCACCAACCACCCCACUGCCCCGAACAGCACCUUCUGCUGGGAGAAAUGGUCCGGAGUCUCCAGGCACAGCUACAAAGUGACGGUGCUGAUGAUCGGAUACGUCCUGCCGCUGCUGCUCAUCAGCUGCUGCUACACCAAGGUUUUGUUUCAUCUUCAUAAAAAAAUGAAGAACAUGUCAAAGAAGUCUGAGCGCUCCAAAAGAAAGACGGCUCAGACGGUCCUUCUGGUCGUCACCGCCUUCACCAUCUGCUGGACGCCCCACCACAUCAUCGCCAUGUGGGUGGAGUUUGGCAACUUCCCCUUGAACGACGCCUCCUUUGCCUUUCGUAUUAUCUCUCACUGCCUGUCCUACGGAAACUCCUGCGUUAAUCCCAUUCUCUACGCCUUCCUGUCCGAAAACUUCCGCAAGGCCUGCCGCCAGGUCUUCACCUGCCAUUUCCUGUACCCACCACCGCCCCAAGGCAAGGUGGUUCGUUUCCGCAUGGAGAACUUCUCCACCACGCAAUCCACCACCAACAUAUGAAGGACUUGGGGAGUGAUCAGAUAAAU